AUUAGACGCUUGAAAAAAUUGACAGGCGCUUGGAAAUGGCUGACCCAAAACAUCAACAACCGCAACAAAAUGCUCCUCAUGGUAUGGAGCCGUACGAUGUGGGUGGAGAAGGAAACCUUGGCGCAUUAAGCAAAGAACAGCAAGAAAAACUGAAUAAGUACAAGAUUAAAACCCGGAUAGAGAAUGAGAGGUAUCUACGUGAACACCCAGAGGUGGAAUGUCUCAUUUCAGGCUUCCUACAGGAUGUUUUGACACGUAGACCAGAAAAUAUACGUGAAUUUGCUGCUGACCAUUUCACAGAUGAAGAAUUACCAACAAGAAUAGAAAGAAAAUUAGAGGACAGACAACAGCGUAUCAAACAGAACAAAUUCUUACAAAAAGUGUAGUUGUGUGUUUUACAUGUGAAGUUUGAAAAGCAAUAAAAAUAUCUAACAUCAAACGGAUAUAAAUUUAUGAUGAAUAUGACUAGACUGUAGACUCUGUGUAGGGGAUAGAAAAAACUUAUUACCCUGUGUAUUCUAGAUGAGAUAAAUUUUUUUUGGUAUAAGAUCGAUGGACAAAGUACUGGUAACAAAGAAACUUGAAUUAUUGUAUAUUACAUGGCUCCAGGACAAAGUAACAAAGAAAUUUAACGCUUAGCCUUCCAUUUUGAGGAAAAAAUUCAAACAACACAAAGUUGUAGAUUCACAUGAAAAUUGAACAGUGUGUAAAACAUGUAUAUUACUCAAAACAAUAAUUAUUGUCAGUGUGCUGAUAUAUACAGUGAAUUCCUGAAAAGGACUGCAUAAAGGGGUCAUAUUUUUGGAAAGUUAAAUGCCUUUAAAAACUCACCUUUUUUUUAAAGAACAGUACGUAUAUGUUACAUAUAUGUUGGUUUUGAUGCAUCUGCAAUAAUGUUCCAGUGUUGAAAUUUCACAUAACUAGGUGGAGCUAUUUUCAGCAAUUGUUUUUUUUUUCAAUUCUCUUUAAAAUGGCAUUCAUUUUUAAAGGGGAACAACUUUUUCAGAAUAUUUUAAGUAUCUAGUCGUACAGGACAAUUUGCGGCAAAACAUGUUACUUUGUAAUGGUCAGGUAGAUUGUUAGUAAAGAUGUUGUUCGUUUUAUAAAUAUUUCUGUGUUAUACUUCUAAACUUUAAACUUAAGAAAAGAGAAAAGAACACCAAUGCUUGAUAUAGCUGGAAGGAAAUAACAAAAUAAGAAGAUUAAUUGACAGUGAAAAGUUAUGAUAUACAGUUGAACCUGCAUUAGCAGCUUCCUGUAUUUAUCAGCCACAAGUCUUAAACAGCUAGUAUGCUAAUUCCCAGACUGGCAAUUUGUUCUUAUUUCAACUUGACUUUUAAGCAGCAACCUACCUUAUACAGCAAGAUUUUGUUGCACCCUUAGUUGGCUGCUUAAUACAGGUUGGACUGUACAUGCACACGGAACAAGUUGGGGUUAAAGGUUAAUUUACCUUGAAUAACUUUUGCACUCCAGAUAAAUGUUAUUGAUUUAUCUCCCCUUUUUGUACUUUUAUUAAAUUAUUUUAUGUUUUUGUAAGACUGUUACUUACUACAAAUAAAUUGGUAGAUAGUAAUGAGAAGAAAUUCAGUGUGCUAAAAACAA